CCCAGCGGGUUCAUAGAGAAGAGAGUCUGCAGGUACCUGAUGAACCAAGGGAACCCUCCACCGUAUCCAGGCCCCGGCCCGACGGCGCCAUACCCACCUUAUCCACAACAACCGAUGGGGCCUGCGGUCUACCCUCCAGGACAUGUGAAUGGACCCUACCCACCUCCUCAGGGAUACCCCAGCCAAGGAUACCCACAGUACGGCUGGGAGGGCGGAUCUCAGGAGCCUCCUAAAACCACAGUGUAUGUCAUGGAAGACCAAAGAAGGAAUGACCUGGGCACAUCUACCUGCCUCACAGCCUGCUGGAUUGCCCUCUGUUGCUACUGUCUCUGGGACAUGCUCACCUGACAAGCCCAGCUCUCCAGUUCUGCCACCGCCACUGACAGCUGUGCCUGCCCAAUACUGAUUGCUGAAAUCAAUGACUAGCUCUGCACAGACACUUCUACAUUCAAAACAGCGGGAUUCUAGAUUAGCAGGGGUUGCUGCUGUUUAAUUCAGUGACUUGGUCUUUUUAAUGUUCAAAAUCCAUUUCUUAUUGGCCUUUCACAAAUGUGCUAAAUGACUUUAAUUUUUUUGACCAAAGGCUUAGUUAUGAAAUACAUAAUUUUAAAAUUAAAAUUAUAUAUUCAAGGUAGUGGCAUGA